AUAAUAAAUCAGUGAUAUGGUGACCUGAGUAAAGUAUUUUCCAUUUCUCCAAAUCCAUUUUUGUCGUCUCCCAUGUAUGUGAUAAUGUUUUAAUUUAAAUAUUCCUCUUCAAGUAGUUCAUACUACUCAAGAGCAAAGCAGCAGCUGUGCUUUCAGUCCAGUAACAGAGGUAUUACAAAUGACAGUCAUUCUGAACUUCUCUGGAAGAGGCACUGUGAAUGAAGACACUAAUAACAACUGCUUCCUUUUUCAAGCUUCCCUUUUUCACACACUCUACGCAGGCUUCCACAGACUUGCCUGUCUAAUAGAGUUCAGAGGUCAUUUCAAUAAUUCACCUAUUUACGUAGGCUUGGACAAAACACAUGACAUGCUUCAAUGGGAAAUUACACGUUUCCCCCUUUAAGCUAAUAGAUAACCAUGCAAAUGCCGCUAUUAAUUCACAGAGCAAGGAUAAGCUGUCCACAGCCUGGACACGCAGUUUCCAAAGAGAAGCUACUCUUGGUAUGGCUUCAAUAGAAAGUGAAACACUGGAAUAAUAGUCAGUUUCAAGACCCAUCACCGUAACAGUGGUGUUCACUUGACUGAUUCUGACAGGAUGACCAGCAAGAAAAUGCUUGCUGUUUAUCGGAUGACACAGAUAUAAGCCAACGAACUCCAUUUGUGGGGGGAUAAUAGUAGAAUGAGUAAAAGACAGCAUCAGCACAGUCGCUUGAGCGCUCCCACUCUGAGCAGUCUGCCCAGAGCCCCUCAGAGCCCCAGCACCAGCGUCAUGAACAGUGUCUGCGGAGCUGUGAUCAAAGUGUUUCAGGGAGAAGCAUUGCAGACCAAUGAGCUUCAUGCUUUAAUGGAGAAUAUAAGGUGGCUCCUAAAGACUGAAAUGGGCUCGUUCAUCACUGAAUAUUUCCAGAACCAGCUCAUUAACAAAGGUUUGGCAUAUAUAGCUGCCAAGCUUCAAGGAUGUGAAGGUGACAGAAUGCUCCUUGUCCUGUCUGAAACAUGGGAGCAAUUUUUCACAGAGAUCCUUCCAACACUGCAAGCCAUUUUCUCUCCACUGCAGGGCCAGGAACUGACAGUCAGGGAAAUGGCUCUCCUCAGUUUCAGAGAUCUUGUGCUGAUGAAGCUCCCACUGCACGAGCUGCUGCCACAGGCCCCAAUCCUACCUCUAGCUGCCAUAACGCAAAUGCUCCUUGUGUUGCAGGGUGUUCAUGAGCCCAGAGGCCUGAGUUUGCACUACUGCAAGCUGGAAAACCUAAUUGAGAUGGUGAUUACUCCCUACCUAAAGAACUGCCUUCACAAGAAUCACACCACCAGCUGUACAAGGAGCGCGAGGCACUCACGAGUAGCAGCACCCCUGGGCCCUCCAGAGAUCCAGAUCACACAGUACCUCUCAGACAGCUCCCUGCUGGACCCUCUGCUGGAGCAGGAGGGGGAGGUCUACCUGGAGCGGAUGGGCACCAUGCGGCGCCACACGGUGGCCAAUGCUCACUCUGACGCCCAGCUGCUCACAGUGCCUGUAGCGGGCAGCUGUGUUGCUGGAGAACCGCAUCUCACAGUGGCAGAGCGGGCCCCUUCCCGCAUGAGCAACACUUUUUAAACGUCGACCCAGGACUUUCCAAAGGCUGUGUAGCCAAAAGAAUUCUCUUUCUGUGACCUACGAACAGGACUAUUUCAAAACACCAGACAGUGGAAAAAACAUUGAAUUUAUUAUUAACUCAGCGUUAGUAAACAGUGACACUCAAAGCAUAAUUCCAGUGUAGGCACAGUGUCGUGAUUUCUUUUCUGCAAGAUAAACCCUGAAAUUCAAGUUGUUGAAAAUAAAGGCAAAGACAAACAUA